CUGUCUUCUUCAAGCAAAACCCUAAUUUUGGAAAUUGGAAUCGUGGAAGAGAAGACGAUGCCGGAGAAGACGAUUAUUACGUCGGAGAGUUCAAAUUCGUCUCCGUUGAACCCUUCGUCUUCGCGGAUUAUAUGCCAUGUAUGUAAUAAGCAGUUCUCGCAGUACACUUGUCCUCGAUGCAACUUCCGCUACUGUUCCCUUCCUUGUUACAAAUCCCACAGCGUCCAGUGUACUGAAUCAUUCAUGAGAGACAAUGUAAACGAUGAGUUGAAGCAAGUUCGAUCUGAUGAUCAAACCAAAACGAAGAUGCUCGAGAUUUUGAAAAGGUUUCACGAAGAAGAUGGGGGAAUUGAUAGCAUCACGGAUGACGAUGAUGAAGGUUCAAUCUUACCGGAGGAGAUUAUGCAGAGGAUUAUGAACGGAGAUGAAGUCAGUCUUGAUGAUUUGAGCUUAGAAGAGAGAAAAGGGUUCCAAAGAGCCUUAGCGUCUGGAGAAUUAAGCAAAAUGAUCGAACCAUGGGAUCCUUGGUGGUUACGUGCUUCAGCUCGAACGAUCUCUCUUGGACGCGGAGGUACACAACUCGUUCAGUGUGUUGAAGAAGAGGAGGAGGAAGAGGCCAGAGUUGUGAGUGAGAUCCCGAGAGGGCCUGAUACACCUUUGAUCUCACUAAGCAAGCUUAGCUCAACGAAUCCAUCUCCACUCUUACCAAUCCAUUUGAUUGACAUUGUAUACAGUUAUUGCUUUACUCUCCGUAUCUACAAUGGAGAGUGGCAAUCCGAUUCUUUAGGUUCAGCUACAAUGGUCUUGAGUGUUUCAUCUGUUUUGGGUCACAAUGCACAACCUGAGACCAUUAAGGAAGUCUUGUCCUUUUGCUUGGAACAGACUUGCUCUUCGGCUUAUAAAAACCUUGGUGGCGGUCUCAAGUUCGGGUUGAACCUGGUCGAUGAUGUGAUUUGUUUGCUUUUUCUUGGCUCUGGAGCUAUUGUGUGCUUGCUCUGCGAUCUCCAGAGGCUGAUUCAUGGUGCAAUACUGGAAGUAAAAUCAUCGUCAGGUCGUGAUUUGAAGAAGAGACUAAAGCUUGCAGAGAGGAAAGUGUUCUUCAUGAUGUGUUGGGUCAAUGAGCAGAGUUGUGAAGUAUGGCAAGCUCUGGAAUCAUCUGUAAGGGCAGAGAAGAACUCGGUGGUUGAGCUAAAUGGGGUUCCGAAAAUGAAGAAAACAGAUCAGUUCCGAAAAGGCGGUGGCGUGGUGAUUGAGGAGAUAGAAUGAGAGUUCUAAUGUUAUAGCUUUGAUUAUGUAAGGUUUGUUAACAAAUGAAUGAAUAUCUUGUGGUGUUGCUCCUAAUUGAUAAUGUAAGGUUUGCAUAUGAAUCCCAAAUAUUCAUGAUCCCUACCUGGAACAUGAUAUUGUUGGGAUACAAAACAAGUCUCACAUCUGAUGUUUAAAAAGACUAUCAUUAAUAUAUAAAGGGUUUAGCGUCAA